UCUCAUCCUCUAAACACUGCAUAUUUUAUGAUGCAGGUGGUGAUGGAUCAAUUUUUUCUUUAGAACUUAACAGUGUAGAGGCUUCCAGUCACACACACACACACACACACACACACGGUCCAUUACAGACCAGGUUAGAGGCUUAUUGAUGUUCCUGCAUCCCCUUGAUGUUGCCCAACAACUAAAAGCCACGGCUCAUUUACCAGAGGUUAGAGAGGCGGGUCAGAUGCAGGGAGCCAGGAAGGGAGUGAGACUGAAAGGACUGAGUCAGAGAUGACGACAGAGAGCAGUGAAAGGCCGGAAGGAGCCAGAGAUGAAAGAGAGAAUAAGCAGGGAGGGAAAACAAAAGCUCAGAGCAGCAGAAAGAGCUGCAGCGACCCUGCAAAGAACAAACGUACUGAUUUAGACAUGUGUGGAUAACGUGAGUCUCGUGUUAUUCUCUCUAUUUUAAACCACGGUUUUCAGCUGCAGCAGAUUUAACUGACAUUCCCCUUUAAACCCCUUUGUUAUGCAUUUUGUCAAAACCACGAUUUUUACAUUCUGGUGUUUUAAUUCUUGAUUGUUCUUCGUGCCAGAAUCAGGCGACAUCCACAACACGUCAGCUCUGCGCUUCAGGUCUUGAAGAUGUUUGGAAAUGAUGACAUGGAUACUCACAACCACUUGAUUGAUGAUUUUUUUUUAGGUCACGACUUAGCUUUGAUGAUUCGACCGGCUUCGAUCAAUAGAAAACAAGCGAACAUGGAGAAUCAAUUCCAAGUGUUACUGACCCUGUCGUCUUUGUCAACAGCUGCUCUGUUAAAUUCUGCAUUUUACAAUAAUAAUGUUUGCGGGUUGUCAUGCGAUACGUGUUUUCAUGCUUGUCAGUGUUCCCUCAGGAUCCGGUGGCAACAAGAAAGUAAGCCAGACAUGUGCGGGGUGGAGCUCCGUGUGGAGGAGCUGUGGCAUCACUACCGUGUGGACCACGCCAUGGCCGAGGGCGCCAAGAACAUGCUGCGACUGCUGGGUGCGGGAAAGGUCCAGGACAAGAAGGCCAUGGCUGAGGCGCAGUGUGGUCUGAGCGAGUCGUCCCAGCGCCUCGACCUGCUCAGGUGUUCUCUGGAGCAGCGGCUGCUGGAGCUGCCUGAGGAUCAUCCCAAGGCCUGCCUCAUCAAGGAGGAGCUGGUGCUGGCAUCCUCCUCGGCUUUCAGCUCUCGUCACAGCACCCCCUACGUCCACAACCAGUACAGCACCCUGUGCAAGCCGUCGCCUCUCACAGGAACUCUUCAGGUGCACCUUCUGGGCGUCGUCGGGCUGCUGGAGAUCAUCCCCGGGCGGAGCAGAGGGAACCCGGUGGCUCUUCCCUCUCACUCUCUGGGAGACGGACGCUCCUCCUUCAAACUGAGUGGCCUCUACAGCCGCAGCACCAGCAGCAUGAGCCUCAAGAUCCCGGGCAAGACCGACGAGCUCUCCUCGGAGGUGAGCGCGGUGCUGAAGCUGGAGAACACAGUGGUGGGUCAGACAGCUUGGAGACCGUUUGGAGAGCAGGCCUGGGAUCAGACCUUCACCGUAGAACUGGAGAGGUCCAGAGAGAUGGAGAUCGCCGUGUACUGGAGAGAUUAUCGCUCCGUGUGCGCUCUGAAGUACCUGAAGCUGGAGGAGUUCCUGGACAACCAAAGACACCGAGUGAAACUGGAGCUGGAGCCUCAGGGGCUGCUGCUGGCCGAGGUGAUUUUCUUCAACCCAGUCAUAGAGAGAGGCCGACGGCUCCAGAGGCAGAAGAAAGUUUUCUCCAAACAACACGGCAAAGCCUUUCUGCGCGCUCGUCAGAUGAACGUGGACAUCGCCACCUGGGUCCGCCUGCUGAGGAACGCCAUCCCCAGUGGAAGCAACGUUUCGGCCUACACACCCAGUUUUUCAAGCAACACGCUCACACGAAGCAGCGGAGAAAUCUCAGUGGAGAAGCUGAAUCUGGGCAGCGACUCGCCUCCCAAACCUGAGAUCAGGAGAGACACGGCGGACGGCCCCGCUCCCUCGGUGAGUGUGACGGGGGACAGGAAGGAGAGCAGACAGAGGCCGGGGAGAGAUCUGCAUCUCUACACGAUCAUGUUACCGCUCCGCUCACUUCCUACCUGCAACCUCUGUGCUCGUAGGCCACUGCUCUGUGAGCUGCUGUGA